ACCGACAGAGCAGAGUGAGAGCAAUUGACGAGCAAGCCUCAAACACAGCCCAGAGACAACAGCUCAGGAUACAAGUCAUGGGCUCGAAGGCAGCAGAAAUGCAGCAGAGUGUGGUUGGCAGAGUUGCUAACUUGCCACUUGUGAGUACCGCCUACAAUAUGGUAAUCUCUGUGUACUGCAACACAAAGGAGAAUCAUCCCUACUUGAAAUCGGUUUGUGAAGUUGCAGAGAAAGGAGUGACGGUCAUUACGGCUGUAGCGGUCACCAGUGCCAUGCCAAUCAUCCAGAAGCUGGAGCCACAAAUUACAUUUGCCAAUGAUUAUGCCUGCAAAGGACUAGACAGGAUUGAAGAGACACUGCCUAUUCUCCUUCAACCCACUGACAAGGUUGUUGCUGAUGUAAAGGUUAUGGUCAAUAUAAAAGUGAUUGGUGCUAAGGAUGCUGUAACUCAUACUGUGAGUGGUGCAAAGGAGUCUGUUGCCAGCACUAUUACUGGAGUAUUUGACCGGACCAAGGAAACUGUCCAUGGAAGUGUGAAGAUGACCAAGGCAAUGGUGAAUGGCAGUGUUAAUACAGUCUUGGGAUCGAGUGUGGCUAAAAUGUUCAGUAACGGAAUGGAUUCUGCCUUGAGCACUUCAGAGGCCCUUUUAGAUCACUAUCUUCCUCUUACUGAUGAUGAACAAGCUAAAGAAGUCAAAGAUAUUGAAGGAUUUGACAUUGGGACUCCAAAACCAAGCUGUUUUGUCAGACUUGGAUCCCUUUCUGUCAAAGUCCCUCAGCGAGCUUAUCAGCAAGCUUUGGCUAAAAUACGCAAUGCUAAACAACGUAGUCAGGAAGCAGUAUCUCAGCUCCACUCUACGGUUGACCUGAUCGAGAAUGCCAAAGAAAAUUUGGGCACAGCAAACCAAAAGAUCUACAAUACCCAGGAAGUACUUUACCAGAAAUGGUGUGAAUGGAGACGAUAUCUGGUUGAAAAUGACCAGUCUCAAACAGCAGAGCAAAUUGAAUCCCGUACACUUGCUAUUGCUUGGAACCUGAGCCAACAGCUGCAGGCCACCUGCCUCACUCUUAAAAGCAGCAUCCAAGAUUUACCACAGAAUAUUCAAGUACAGGUCCAGAAUAUCAAUAUUUUGGCCAGGGAUGUGUACGCUACAUUCAAGUCACCUGCUUCCUUCAAAGAACUGACCGAGCAGAUCCUCACCACAAGCAAAGAGCAGCUAACCAAAAUGAAGGAGACACUGGAUGGAGUAAUGGAUUACUUGGUCAACAACACGGCCCUGAAUUGGCUAGUAGGUCCCUUUUACCCACAACUGGGUGAAUCCCAGCACCCUGAGCAGGGGGAAGAGCAGACAAAGUCCACAGAAGGGCAAACAAAGUCCACAGAAGAGGAGAUGAAGGCUACGGAAAGGGAGCCUGAGGCCAUGGAAAGGAAGACUGAGGCUGUAGAAGGGGAGACUAAGUCCACGGAAGUAGAAGCUGAGGCCACAGAAGGGGACACGGACGCCACUAAGGAAGAAAAUGAAAUUCAUCAGUCUUAAGUUUGUGUGAUGCCUGAUUCUGUUUCAUUUUAUAACUGUUCACAUCAUUGCCUUUGCUCUUGUGUUUAAUUUUUUUUACUUUGAAAGAUGGGAAGAAUGACCAUUUAGAUUGCUGUAAUACAGGAAUGGUAUUACUCGGAUUUGAUUACUUUCACGGCUAAUUUAGUCCCAGUGUGGUAUUCCUCUUGCUUUAGACUGCUUUUUAAGUUUGUAUUUCAUAUUCAUAUGCACUUAAUAAAUACUUCAAGAGCAAUCUG